AUGUCGCAACUAAUCGCCCACAAUCCACAGCCAAGAUUACCACCACAUGGUGUUGGGCGCAACCUGCAAUGGAUUCUAAUGCUUGUACUUGUUGCAUGCAAGUUGCUUCUUGUUCAUGGUGCUGACACCAACAAGCUUGUCAUUUCAUCUUGCAGCAACGGUCAAGCAUGGACAGCCACCAAAGGUUCUACAAAAUCCAACCCAUCUGUUGACAGCAACGACUUGCCAGCUCCAGGAAUAACCGGCUCUUUAGUUUGGAGUUUUUCACAAUUUGAUGCUCUCACAUUUGUGAAACCUUCUUCUGAUUCUUGGGAUUUGUCCACAAGAAGAAAUUUGAAAUUAUGGAUCAAAGCUCCUUCCGACUCGAAUGUGCCUACUACCUCCAAGUUUUUGUUCAUGUAUUUAGGAAAUCAAAAGAAUGGCGAAAAUAUUUUCUACUACACUAAGAUUUCUCUGGAUUUCAGUGGAUGGAAAGAAUUCUUGCUUUCCAAAGGUUCUUUCUUUUACAAGAAUUCCUUGCUUCCUUGGAACACUGUUGAUACCAUUGUUCUGCGAUUUAGUGGUCUUGGCCAGACAGCAAGCGAUGCGUUGACCAUAAAAGUGGGAGAAAUAUCCAUGUCUGACGUAUCAGGCCCUGUGCUGACAGAUACAGAAUUCUUUAAUACCUUAGACUAUGAUUCAUUCUCAGGUUUAGCGCAGGUCAAAAGCAGCAUUCAAAGCGGUGAUCUAGGUUCAGCCAAGUCUAAUUUGUGUUCAUAUUUUAAAAGCAGAACGAAUGUAACAUGGUCCAUCAAUCCAUUUUCAAUUUCGUUGGACAACCUGUCACCCUCUCCUUAUUCGUCUUGGGAUUCCUUGUUAAAAGAUGCUGAGUACAUGCUUCAGGGAUAUGUCAAUCCUAUUGGCAUUGCCUAUCAAUAUCCAGACUUAUCAAAAUUGGACUGGAAUUUUAAUCCGACAGCACUUGCUGGAUCCAAGAACUCUUAUGACCCUACAUGGACUUGGAAUUUGGCUCGAUUUGAAAUGAUGGAAUCUCUCGGAAAAGCUUAUUGGUAUUCAAUUGCAAAGCCUUAUUCCACUUCAACACUGACUCCAUCCUCUUUGUUGAAUUUGUUCUCGACCUAUAUCAAUACAUGGAUCCAAACUCAACCACGCCCAUCCAUUGCAAGUCAAGGAGAUUUCAGUAAUUGGAGAACCAUUGAGGCAGGAAUUCGAUUACUCAAUAGUUGGCCUAAGGGUUAUCAUUAUUUCCUGUCGACCAUGUCGUGCUCUGAUUUGAUACUCAUGUUGAAGAGUUUUCAUGAACAAGCCUCGUAUUUGAAUUUAUUUCCAACCGAAGGUAAUUGGCUCACUAUGGAAAUGAAUGGGCUCUAUACUACUGGGUCCCUCUUUCCCGAAUUUAAGGAUUCCUCUCGAUGGAGAACCUUUUCGAGUCAGCAACUCGCUGCGGAUCAAGGCAUUCAAUUUUUAAAAGAUGGCGCUCACUACGAAUUGAGCACACAAUACCAUCAAAUCGCUAUUGAGAACAUGAUGGGUCUCUAUGAAACGGCUCAACGUGUUGGAAGGCUCCACGAAUUACCCUCCGAUUAUACAUUCCUAUUGGGAAGGGCUUUGGAAUUUAAUGUAAAGGUAAUGACUCCUUCUGGCAUGAUGCCAGGACCUUUGAACGAUGGUGCCAUGAUCAAUGCGAUGGAUAUGAGUGAAAAGUAUCGGAAUGUGUUUCCCAAUUCAUCCUUAAUUGCAUGGAGUGCUGAAAGGAAAACAGCCGUAAACAACAAGUAUUCGGAACCUGCUUUUAGGAGUGUGUUUUUACCAAACGCCGGUUUUGCAGUGAUGAGAAGCGGAUGGAGUGCUUCUGAUCAUUACGCAUUGAUGGAUGUAGGUCCAUUGGGACACGCUCAUGAACAUCAAGACAAGUUGAAUAUUAUUUUGGAACCCUAUGGACGUUCAAGACUCUUAUUUGAUAAUGGUGGGGGAAAUUAUGAUACCAGCAAAUACAGAGAAUUUGCUCUCUCCUCUCAUUCCCAUAACGUUCUGUUAGUCGAUCAAUUGAGUCAAACUCGAGUGCGAGAUUCAACCAACGGCGAUCCAUUAGGUUUCGGAGCUUCCAACACUCGUGCAGCCUUCUUUGAAAGCACUCCUCAAUUGGAUUACUGCAGAGGAACCUAUAUGGACUCGUAUGGAAGAGUGAGCAGUAGUGGUACCGUAACCAAAGUAUUGAACCGACCCGUUCAUCAUCAGAGAGAAUUGAUAUUCGUGAAUCCAUUUGCACCCUCUUCAGCCAUUUCUUUUUAUAUGGUUGUUGAUACGAUUGGUUCUUUGGAUGGUCGUGGACACGAAUAUGAAUUGAGAUGGAAUUUAAGGACGAAGAAUAUUAAGGAAAAUCGAAAUAUGAAAGCUAUAUCGACCUCGGAUGAAGGAGAGAAUAUGCACAAUUUAAAUGUUGUGGCAUUGUCAAAGGCCAGUGAUGUGACCUAUGCACAGGGUCAACAGAACAAUCCAAUGAUUGGAUGGGAUGUUCAGAGGGGACAAAUUUACACUCCCAUCACUACCAUACAGCACAGACAAUAUGGCUAUGCUGCCACGUUUGUGACCUUGCUAAUUCCCAUGAAGAGUGGUGAUUCUAGUUUGGGGUCGAAUUCUUUACAACAAGUUCAAGAAAAGGUCAUGGUUGGAGAUUAUGAACAAGAGUGGAGAGAGUAUCGAGUUGUUUUUUCACAGGGAAUUGAGAUGCAAAUUCAUUUGGAUCGAGUGUUUUUGAAUACUACAAGCGUGAGUCCUCAACAUACGAGAAGUUUGAGAAUUGUACAAAAAGUGAAAGGGUUGUUGCAUUUGAUCAGAGUUUACCUAUAA